AUGGGAGAAUUCGGAGGUUUUUGUCACAGUUUCUCGCAGGUUGUUACUGAUGAUUUCCAGCCGCCACGGCGUAUGCAUGAUGUUCAUGUGUUAAUCGUUGAGCAUCGCGUGAAUUUCGUCGCCAAUGCUAAGGAGUUUGGAACUUCCAUGAUUGCAGAGAUUCUUAAGCAAUUCUCGUAUGAAGUGACUGUGGUGGAAAGUGCAAGCCGUGCACUGUCAAGACUCUGCAAUGGCGAGGAGAAAUUUGAUGUGUUAAUGGCCAACUUUUACCAACCAGACAAGAAAAUUAACGUUAAACUCCUCCAAGAAGCCAUUAAAAGAAAAUUGCUUGUCGUCCAGAUUAAUGACGAAAAGGAUGAAAAUGGAGAUGAGGUGGCAAGGAGCGCUAUAGAGCAAGGAGUGUUCCUUUACCUGGAAAAACCAUUUCCGGUAGACAUGUUGAAGUACCUGUGGCAACAUGUGUAUAGGGAAAGAAGACUCAUGAAUCACAGUAGUCAGGCUUUGGAUAUAAGCAUGGCGGCAGAAACGUUAAUCAAUGGACAAAACAACAUUGUUUUCACCGACAAUCAGACCUCGACAGAUUCAAACAACAUUAAUCAUUUGCCCAGGAGAAGAGGGGCCAAGUUUAAGUGGACUGAAGAGCUCCAUGCCAAAUUCAUUGACGCCGUCAAUCAGCUUGGAGAAGGAAAUUGCUAUCCGAAGGAAAUAUGGGAGAAGAUGAAAGUGCGAGGUCUGACAAGAGAAAAAGUUGCUAGUCAUUUGCAGAGGUGUCGUGACAACAAAUGGAGGCCAGUGGAGGAGCAUGGAAAUCGUCGCCGGUCACGAACAAUGCAAUUCUCGUCCUCUCAACCUAGACGCCCCCGUCACAAAAAGUUCGGGUUUAUGCCAGCAGUCGAAGAAACCAAUAGUAAUGGAAACAUGCCCCCGCAAGAACAAAUUAUUGCUGCUGCGAAUGAUGAAAUUUUGUCCCAAAAUGGUGGUAAUAAUAAUGAGUUGGGAAGCUCAGUGACAGUGUCCACUAAUUUCGUCACUGAUACUGAUGUAAGAGUACCACCUCAAACUGUUCAAAGUUCCGCAGACAUUAUUGUUCAUGAUCGUCGCCUGUUGGAAGAUGUACAAACCCACCCAGUCGUCACUAAUUCACUGAACGUUGACGAAGCAGCUGUUGUGAAUUCGUCGCCAAUCCCCUGGCAGGUCGUCGGAGAGCCGGAGUUUGAUGAACUGCUGGAUAUCCCGGAGGAAAUGUUACCUUGGAUAUUCUUCGGCGGACAACAACCAGAUUUUCCUUGGCAGCCGACGCUUAGCAGUUAG